CAAAUAAUACACUUCCUUCUCAAUACGACAACGCGCACUACACUACACUCCUUAUAAAGCUUUCUACAAACACAUAUUCUCACAUUUCAUUCCUUUCACGCUUCUCUUUCUCUUUUCACUUUCCAUAUUUCUAUCAACCUUUUACCUUAGAUUGAGCGUGCAUUUUACUAAUUCUCCAUUUUUGUCAUCACUAAUUUUAAUUAGUAAUUAAUUUAUUGUUAUGGCCACUUUUUCCUUUCCAAAUAAAUUCAUCUAUAUCCCUUCAGCAUAGCCAAAUCAAUGAAGCCUCGAUUUCAAUUACGUGGAUUUCCAUUUCCGUUUAUUUUUCUCUCCGAAUCCAUUGUGAUUUACCAUUUCUACAAUAUUCUUUUACAAAUAGCAAAACAACAACAGAGUAGUAGUAGUGAUACAACAGUUAUAUUUAGAUCUCACUUUCUUCUCAAAUCUCUUUUGUAUUGAGAGAAUUGGAAUCAAGUGGAAAAACUAUGAUUCAUAAUUCGUUUUCUGUUACGAUGAACUUCGCGGUGGCGUUUGCAUUAUUCUAUCUAAUCACGGUGGAGUCAUGGCGUGUUCACUCACAAGAACCGAAGAAGCUUUAUGUGAACAUGACUCUCGUUAACAACGCACGCGAAACCGGUGCUUUUUGUUUGGAUGGAAGUUUACCGGCGUAUCAUUUGGAUAGAGGAUUUGGAGCUGGUGAAGACAAUUGGCUUCUACAAUUUGAGGGAGGUGGUUGGUGCAAUGACUUGAAAUCAUGCUUGGAGAGAGCAAAAACUCGCAGGGGUUCAACAAAUUACAUGACCAAAUAUGAGACCUUCAAUGGUAUUUUAAGCAACAAUGCUACCGUUAAUCCAGACUUUUACAAUUGGAACAGGGUGAAGCUGAGAUACUGUGAUGGAGCUUCAUUUACGGGAAACAAAGUGUUCAAUAAUGGGACAACAAAGCUUUACUUCAAAGGGCAAAAGAUUUGGGAAGCCCUUAUUGCCGACCUUCUGCCAAAAGGUUUAGGAAAGGCACGCAAGGCUUUGCUUUCAGGCUGCUCAGCAGGAGGUUUGGCCACCUUUCACCAUUGUGACAAUUUCACCAAGUAUUUGCCAACCAAUGCUAGUGUUAAAUGCUUGAGUGAUGCAGGUUUUUUCCUUGAUGGAAGAGAUGUCAGUUUGAACCACACCAUGAGAUACUUUUUCAAAAGUGUAGUUAGGUUGCAGGGGUCAGUACAGAACUUGAAUAAAAAUUGCACCAGUGCGAUGCCUUCUUAUCCAGACCUAUGCUUCUUUCCACAAUAUGUGUUGAAAUAUAUAUCAACACCAUAUUUUAUCUUGAACUCUGCCUAUGAUGUAUUCCAAUUCCAUAAUAUAUUGGUGCCACCUUCAACUGAUCCCCGCGGGCACUGGAUCCACUGCAAGAAGGACCCAGCGGCAUGCACACCAACCGAAAUUAAUACAUUGCAAGGUUUUAGGCUCAGCAUGAUUGCUGCUUUGAAACCCUUCUACUUUUAUUCAAACAGCGGGGGAAUGUUUAUAAAUUCAUGUUUUGCUCAUUGCCAAAGUGAAUCACAAGAUACAUGGUCUGGAGCUGAUUCUCCAAAAAUAAAAAACACGACUAUUGCAGAAGCAGUCGGUGAUUGGUAUUUUAGUAGAAACAGAAGCAAGGCAAUAGACUGUCCAUAUCCAUGUGAUACAACUUGUCGUAAUUUGAUACCUGCACCUGCAUUACAUAAUUUAAUACCUUAAGCUCAGGUCAUUUGGAAGAUCAGACUGGAAUUUUUUCCAACAAGCUUUCCAGUUCUCCUAUCUGAGGUCCCUGAAGUAAAAGGAUAGAGGGUGAUUUUUUUUUUUUUAUUCAAAACCAUACAAGUAUACACAAUGCUGAGUGCUAGGAGAUAGAAAAUUCUUGAUAAAGGAAUGAGACAGAAUAUGUAAUUUGAAUGAUACUUUUCAAUUAUGUCAUUCAUAUUACUAAAUAUAUACUUUUUUACUUGAUAAAAAUCAAUCGGCUUUUGUCUGGUAUCUGAA